AAUAAUGCACCAGCCGUACACUUGCACUGGUCUUAAGGCACGCUAUCGAGGCUGUUCGCUGCCGGCUGCUUGCACACGCUAUAAAAAUCCACACGCCAUAAAACAAGCAAGCCCACAAUUAAGCUCUCACCGAAUCCCUGUCCGGUUACACGAGUGAGAGAGAACGUCAUGAGCGGCGCCGGCGAGGCCGCGGGCGGCGGCAGCAAGCUGCAGAGCCCGCUGCUGGCUGCCGCCUCUGGGCCGGCGACCACCUCAGCUGGCGGCGGCGAUGGCGGCCACGGGGUGAGCCGGCAGCUGGAGGGCAUCCUGCGCGACGGGUCCCGGCCGUGGCCGCGGCGGGCGCUGGCGGCGUCCGCGGUGGAGCUGCGGCUGCUGACGCGGCUGGCGGCGCCGGCCGUGCUGGUGUACACGGUGAACUACCUCAUGUCCAUGUCGACGCAGAUCUUCUCCGGCCACCUCGGCACGCUGGAGCUCGCCGCCGCCUCGCUGGGGAGCAACGGCAUCCAGAUCUUCACCUACGGACUCAUGGUACGCGACCGCCCACAAUCUCUCUCGUCUGAAAGCGAUUGUGCAGCCUUUCGUAGUAAAAUAUACUACUGCAUAGUUGGUUUGUUCAAUGAUGAAUUGAUGACCACCCACUCCCAGUCAUCUAUGUGUUUUUUUCUGGUGUCUUGUCGGUCUGUCCAGCGGCACCCUGAACGCCCAGGGCCGGCCGGUCCUUCAGGGACCGGCGUGUAA